GGACAUCAUUUAUAUAUUUUUAGAGAAAGAAAGAGAGAUAAUUGAUCAACCUAUCUACUCUCUACUGAAAGAAUCAGAGGUUUUUAGAGAAAGAAAGAAAUAAAGACAGGUUACUUUAACUAAUAACUGAACUCUCUCUCUCUCUGUAGGACUCAAAUUACGACGACGAUUGAAUUUACACAAGGGGGAAAAGCUCUCAUUACUUUGUUUCGAUCGGAUCUGAUCGAAACUUUUCGUUUAUUUCUUGAUUUUGAUUGAAUUGAGUAUUGAAGAAUCUGAUUGGUAGAAUGAAUUGGUAGAAUGAAAGGUUAUCAAAUUUUCUUACAUUUAUGAUUCUUUUUAAAUCAGUCUUUGUGUAAUUGAUGAGCACAGCUCUUUGUGCUCAAUCGGAUUAUUGAUGUAGCUGUGGUUUGAUAUCAAAUUGUUCACGAGAAUUAUUAAUUGGUGGUGGAGUAAUAGUUAGUGAUCCGAUUCUAGGGCAAAAACUAGGGAUUUCAGAAAGUUCGAUAGGAUAAUUCAGUUGCUGACCAAAAUGGAGCUGGGGGAAAAUGCAGUAUGAUUUGUAUUCUGUGAAUUAUUUUUUAACAAUUCAUAUGUGAAGCUUCAGUUGUUAGUAAUGUUUGUUUUCAAGAAACUGGUUAGUAAGAAUUGUGUUAUUGUGAUCAUGUCUAUAUGAGUUGAGUAUAUUUAAUUGAUGCCAGUAGUCCAAACUUAUCAUUAGGACUUAGAAGUUUGUUCGUAAUUGAUGGAUGCAGGAGAUGCGACUUAAUUACCCUCUUACAUGUGUGUGAAACUUGUCUGUAAGUGGGUGACUGAUGAUAAUGAAUGGGAAAAUGAGACUUCAGAUUUGACCAUCUUUUUUUUUUUUUUUGAUCGGUAAAGAAUUUUGGUGCUAGCGAGUUUUGAACUUCAGAUUUGACCAUCUGAUUGGCUUAGAUCUGGAUUGCCUAUAAAUACACUGGUUUGACACUCGGUCAUUGUUGAAUGAAGUGUAUUCACUGUGAUCUGUAUGUUAAUCAGUUAACGUUACGUUUGGCUAUAGUUUUUUUUAAUGAAAACUGUAGUGUUUUAUUUCACCUUUGGCUGUCUACUUCUGCUGCUAAAUCUAAUAUUAUUCUUUUUUGGACUUUCUUCCCCUUCCUGCAGCCUGAAUCCUCAAAGCGGUGCUCAUUCAGUGAUGCAGUGUCCUGUGCUUAUUAUGCAACUGCUGUAGAUUAUGGGAUGGAAACGGUUGGCUAUCAAAUGACUACUGUGGCUCAUCUGAAGCAGUCCCAUAAAAUGAUGGCUCGGGACCAUUUGCAAAAGAAAGAACCCCCUACUUUAUCGAAUAAACACUUUAAAUCAGAUAAUACGAAACUGCUAGUAGCAGAAUCGAGCAAUCACCUUGACAAGCAGGAGCUAGAUCUACUGGAAGCAGCUUCGGAGGGUCCUUCGUCAGGCUUGACUUUUCAGGAAACGACCAGAAGUGGCAUCAAUAAACAUCUGUUUGAUGAUUUGGAGUCCUGUAGUUCAAACUACUUGCCAAUGCCAGCAAAGUGUGUUUCAGGCCCUUGUAAAGAAGCUUAUGGGCAUCCGAACAAGCAUCUAGUAUCUCACCUAAUCAUCAGAAACUGUCAAAGUCCUCCACACAGUCUUUAUAGUGGAACUCAAUACACAGAGGCUCAGGACACCUUUGCCCCCGUGGAAAUUAGUGAAUGCACUAGCAGUUUUGAUAAAAAGUCGGCUGGAAGUACCAAAGUUAGCAACUCCCUUGACUUUAUAGAGAGUGGGAAGACCAGUGUCAGCAGAGGCAGCAGUGGCAGCAAUGUAAGUGAUGAGGUAAGUGAUGAGAGCAGCUCAAGUAGCUUUUGCAGUGCGGUAAAUAAACCCCACAAGGGAAACGAUACAAGAUGGGAUGCAAUUCAAGCCAUUCGGUCUCGGGAUGGAGCGCUGGGAUUGAACCAUUUCAGGCUCUUGAAAAGGUUAGGAUGUGGAGACAUAGGUAGUGUAUAUUUGUCAGAGUUGAGUCAGACCAGAAGUUAUUUUGCAAUGAAGGUAAUGGACAAAGCAGCUCUAGCAAGUCGAAAGAAGUUGUUGCGGGCUCAGACAGAGAGAGAGAUAUUGCAGUCUCUUGAUCACCCCUUUCUGCCCACUUUAUAUACGCAUUUUGAGACAGAUAAGUUUUCUUGCUUGGUUAUGGAGUUCUGCCCUGGGGGAGACCUGCAUGCACUCCGGCAAAAACAACCUGGGAAGCAUUUCUCAGAGAACGCGGCAAGGUUCUAUGUGGCAGAGGUACUCCUUGCUAUGGAGUAUCUGCACAUGCUUGGAAUCAUCUACAGAGACCUUAAACCCGAGAAUGUUUUAGUUAGAGAUGAUGGCCAUAUAAUGCUUUCAGAUUUUGACCUCUCUUUAAGGUGUGCAGUUUGCCCAACUCUGGUGAAGUCCUCAAAUCCAGAUAUGCACUCGUCAAAGAAAAACUCGGGUGGAUACUGCAUCCAGCCUGCUUGCAUCGAACCCACUUGUUUAAUUCAGCCAUCUUGCUUACAACCAACAUCAUGUUUCACACCACGCUUCUUAACAAGUAAACCCAAAAAAGAUAAGAAAACCAAGCCAAAGAAUGAUCCAUACAAGCAAGUGAGCCCACUUCCAGAGCUCAUGGCCGAGCCUACAAGUGCUAGAUCAAUGUCCUUCGUUGGUACACAUGAGUACUUGGCGCCAGAAAUUAUUAAAGGUGAAGGCCAUGGAAGUGCUGUAGAUUGGUGGACCUUUGGGAUCUUUCUCUAUGAGCUUUUGUUUGGGAAGACUCCAUUUAAAGGGUCAGGAAAUCGAGCCACUUUGUUCAAUGUUGUUGGACAACCUUUAAAAUUUCCAGAGAAUCCAGCCGUGAGCUUUGCUGCCAGGGAUUUGAUCAGAGGUUUGCUUGUGAAAGAGCCUCAGCAUCGUCUUGCAUAUAGGCGUGGAGCCACCGAAAUUAAGCAACAUCCAUUCUUUCAAAGUGUGAAUUGGGCACUUAUUCGCUGCACCAAUCCUCCCGACGUGCCAAAGCCAUUCAUGGCAGAAUUACUACAGUCGGAGAUGUCAACAACACCAAAAACUGAUAAUGUGUCGAAGGUUGACGUUAAGCCUUCAGGUAAUUACUUAGAGAUUGAUUUCUUUUAAUUCGUCGUAGUUGUGAUUUUUCCACCUAGUUCACACCCUUCUGUGAGAUGUGCUUUAAUGGUUCUUUUUCCAUGGUACAAACAGAAAUUCUUGUUCAUCUAAAUUGCAGAUUAACUCGAUUUCCAUUCUUCUUUUUUCCUCCCUUGUUCAUUUCAAUAGGCAUGUAAACACCGGUAAGAAAUGCAAAAAAGAAAAUGAAGAAUGAAGUUUGCUCGCUUUGUCUCUA